CACAAGGUUACCACCAAAAACUACUAUAAAUACCCCAUAUACUGCAAUGCUAUAUAUCACAAACAUAACAAUUGCAGCAACAAAAAAGUACACACACAUUCAUAUACAGAUCCAAGAAUCAAAAAGGCAAACAAUGUCUAAUGAUGAAUGCCAAGGUAAGAGUUCAUGGCCAGAACUAGUUGGAGUGGAUGGAAAGGUUGCAGAGGGUAGAAUUGAGAAGGAGAAUCCAUUGGUGAAUGCAAUAAUUGUUCCAGAAGGAUCUUCUGUCCCCUUUGACUUCCGUUGUGAUAGAGUUUGGGUUUGGGUUGAUAAAGAUGGAAUUGUUAAACAGAUUCCAACUAUUGGAUAGAAACUUUCUACACUCAUCUUUAUAAUACAUGGAAUUUAUAUGCUCCAAGUCAUAAAUUUAAUAAUGUUUGAAUAAUAAUAAGGAGCUACUUUCUUUCUAAUUAUAUACUUCUUGUAAAUGUUAUUUAAACAUAUAUGAUAAUAUGUGUACAUGUUCUGUGCACUGUAAAUGUGUGUAUACAUUAUUUGUUUUUCAUUUCUUUGUUUGGGAAAUAAUACAUGGUAUUGGUACUAA